UUUUAUUCGCUUUUUAGUUAUAUAUGCCUCUUAUUAAUUAUCGUAGCUCAAGGCAACCUUUUUAGUAUUCUUAAGCAAUGUGGUAUUCACAGAACCUUGACUGCAAGAAAUCGCUGCCGAAAGUUAAGUAAUUCUAUUUUAUUUAUUUACAGAAUAUUUUUUAUUGUUUGCUAAAAAUUGUUUUUUGUUUAAUUUAACAGGUUGCAUAAGGUGGCAUUUCUUCCCUCAACAGCUGUUUAUACAAUGAUUUAAUUGUUAAAGAUCGAGCUCAAAACACUUUGCUGUGAUGAGCUUAUCUUUAUAAAUAUAUCAGAAUCCAUCGUGAAGUGAUUCAGUCACCUGCAUUCACCUUUCGCAACAUGUACGUCAGGCUCUUUUCACUAAUCGUUUUGUUGGGUGUAUUUUUUCACGUCAAUAAAGCACAAACAACAACCUGCUCAAAUACGUGCAUAUUUCAUGCAAGAUGCAAUCCUUACUAUAAGGAUCUGGUCUGGGCAGUAGUAGAUCGAGUUUGUCGCGUUUUUCAAAACGGCUGCAUCUUUGGCAAUGAAAACUGUAUGAGGGCCAAUCAAUGCUUGCCCCCAAUGGUGUCCAUUUCAAAGGAAAAGUGUAUGGAAUCCUGCCCGAGGAUGUGUUCUCGUGGAGCACCUCCGGUGUGUGGAUGGUUUCCCUAUACAGAGAGCAACGGAACUACUGGAAGUCGAGAUAUGACAUUCCGAAGUCGCUGUCUUUUGGACCUCUACGCCUGUCGUUACGCCGACGCUUAUGUAAAUGAGCCACGCAUUGGACCCUGCACCUAA